CCUAACAGGGAAUAAAAUGGGAGGACAAGCGUAUAACAGCUUUAAUAAAAACAGAGGGGUGAAAAAAAAAAGAAAAAGGAAGAAAUCUUUUGCAAUUAUUAGCCUGAGUGCAAAAGAGCGUUUCCUCAGUGUGACAGCCAGAGGUUUGCUGCACUGUUAUUAAAGUGCACUUCAGUGGGAAUCCAUGCAGAUGGCUUUUUUACCCAGCAUAGGAUUAUACUGGAUUAGUCAUAUAAAAUUGUUGUUUACCAUCUCUAGUCCUUUUCCCCAGAGCUUUUAUCAGGAAUAUCACAAAGCAUGUAGUUUGAGCCUGCUUUUACGUGGUAACCCAGCCGAGCAGCUUUUUGUUUGUGCAAACUGCUACAACGUUGUAGUUUAAUGUAAUCUUAAUGUUGCAAUGGGAGAUUUUACACCUGAUGAAAGAGGUUGUCUGGCCCAGAUUUUCCUUUUGCCUUCAAGAAGGGAAGUUAGAUAGUAAGGAGAUGCUCUUUCUUCUUGCUGGACUCCCCAGAAGAGCUGUGCUGAUCCCACUUCUGCUCCAUUAGAGACAAUCAGGAACUCCUAACACUGGCACUGUUUUUCAUAAUGCUCGCUAAUGAGUUAUUUACGGCACAACGCUUGAUUAAUGCACUGUUCUGAGUAGUGUAGGAGAUAUUUCUUGUGCUCCCUUUCUAUCAUGCAGAGCCAUACUCUGACCAUCUUUCUUCUUUAUGUCCAGAAGGCUCAGGGAUCACUGCUUAGACACAGUCCACGCUUUCCCUCCUGCCAUAAACUAAGAAACUGUCUUAAACAUACGGUGCAAGGCUCUCCCUUUAGAUCUACCCUAAAGGGAAUAGGUUAUAACAAGGAAAUUUUUUUUCUCUUCAAGGUCCAACAGAUAGCUCUACUGGUAAAAUGACAUCCUUCAGCUUUUUUUCUGGAGUUUUCAGACUGAUUGUCAUCCUGGGAAAUUUUCUCUUCCAGGAGGUGUGGCUGCAAGAACUUUCCUGAGGUGUGAGUGCCUUUGAUUCUACAAUGAGAGAUGUUUUUCUUCUCUGUAGGGGGUUCUGUGACAAGACUACUUCAGAUGUAUAAUGAGCUACAGAAGCGUUAUGUUAAAGAAACCAAAACAAACAAGGAGCAAAGCGAAGCAAUUAAAAGUCUCACUAUUAAAAUUAAUGAGCUAGAGCAUAAUCUUCAAGAGCAGAGGCAAAGAAUUGAGCAACUGGAAUGUAAAAAGGUUUCUUGGAAAAUUAGUGCUGUUUCUGGAAAACGAAGUCAAACCCCAGAGGGAGGAGUAGCUUCUCACAAGGACGUUUCUGCAGAGAAAGAAGCCUGUUGCAGUAGAUAUUUAGGGAUUUUGUGCUGCCAAAAAGCCCAGUGUGAUCCUUUAAGCAGUCCAAGCUGUUUUCAUCUGAGAGGAGAACUUGAGCCAUUGUUUUAUGCUGGUACUGCAAUGCUGAGUUCUAGCUCAACUGCUGUGAAGAAUCUCCCUCUGAAGAGGAGGCUCUGUUUUCUGCUGAAACUUGUGUGCUUUGUCAGCUCAGUGUUAAUAUUUUGUGAAUUUUUAAUUUACUAUGUGGUAAUAUUUCAAUGCCGAUGGCCAGACGUGAAAGGUGGAGCUCACACGGCUGAAAAAGAGACUUCAGCUUCAGUCCUAAAGGCCAUAAUUUUAGCUGAUACACACCUACUUGGUGAAAUCAAAGGACAUUGGCUGGAUAAGCUAAGAAGGGAAUGGCAAAUGGAGAGAUCUUUUCAAACUGCCUUAUGGUUACUGCAGCCAGAUAUUGUUUUUAUUCUGGGAGAUGUUUUUGAUGAAGGAAAAUGGAGCUCACCUCAGGCCUGGGCAGAUGAUGUCAGGAGGUUCCAGAAGAUGUUCAAGCAUUCAGUUUUUACGGAGCUGGUAGUCAUCGCUGGCAAUCACGACAUCGGCUUUCAUUACGAAAUGACUACUUACAAGGUAAAUCGAUUUGAAAAGGUUUUCAACUUUACUUCAGGAAAGCUGAUAACUCGGAAAGGAAUAAACUUUGUCCUAGUGAACAGUGUAGCCAUGGAGGGUGAUGGCUGUGCUGUCUGCCGUACCUCAGAGGCAAAACUUGUGGCUCUUUCUCACAAACUGAAUUGCUCCCAGCAGAAACCAAAUCACUCCAACAAAAGAUGCAGUGAUGUGGAAAAGCUUCCAGCUUCAGAACCCAUCCUUUUACAGCAUUAUCCUCUCUAUCGGAAAAGUGAUGCUGAAUGCACUGGAGAAGAUUCUGCUCCUCCAGAGGAGAAAAACAUCCCCUUUAAAGAGAAGUAUGAUGUACUGUCUCAAGAGGCAUCACAAAAGCUGCUCUGGUGGUUUCAGCCCCGUUUGAUUCUCAGUGGGCACACUCAUAGUGCUUGUGAAGUGCUGCACGCAGGGAAAAUUCCAGAAAUCAGUGUCCCAUCAUUCAGUUGGAGGAAUAGAAACAAUCCUAGUUUCAUCAUGGGCAGCAUAACACCAACUGACUUCUCCCUCCAAAAAUGCUUCCUUCCAUUUGAGAGCAGAGUCUUCACUAUCUACUGUGCAGCAGGUGCUCUGCUUGUGAUCCUGGUACUAGCUCAUGUUCAGCUUCUCACUCCACCGUUUUAUUUUGCUCAGCGUUUAAUCAGUAAGCAUAAAGCAGUAUGAAGAGCCAGACAUCUGCAUUCAGUCACUGAAAUACCAAAGCUGAGAACAGUCAAACAUCAGACUAUAUUCAUGCCAGCAAAUGACCUAAUUUGAUUGCUAGUCUGAAGGCAGGUUGCAUUUACACAUACCAUAGAAGUCCUAUACAGCUGAUAUGACUACUACAGGAUAAAUAAUUAACUGAAAUGAACGUUUCAUGCUGUACAAAAAUACUGUAUUCGACAAUCAAAUGAGUCCUUUUCCUGCUAUAAUUUUUGUAUCAAAUAUGUAUAUUAAAAGUGUAACUGUACAUUAUGUAAA